ACGGAAACGGAUUGGCUAAAUAGCUCCUGUAGCCAGCUAAAGAAUAGCAAGACCGACUCUCCUAGCAUAAGCAUCAUGUUGGCGGUUAUUAUUCCUGGUGUUGUAGCCGCAAUUGCGUUAACCUUCUCUAUCCUUCGUGCCUGCAUUGUGGGUAAAAAUCCUUCCGCUGGUCCGCACACAAUGCCUCACAUAAUACCUGUCGUUAAAAGCACAUUUUCAUUCGUGUUUGAUGGACCAAAUUUCUUCAGGCAAGCCUCUUGCUUCUGCCAGGGCCAGUGGCCACUCCGUGUAAAUCUGCUAGAAGAUGAAAUUUACCUAGUACAAGGGCAGAAAAACAUCCUGGCCGUCUUCAGCAACCCAGGGCUCACGGUCACCAGGGCUUAUGGCGUUGUGCUCAAAUACUGCUUCGGGAUGAAGCAGAAGGCCGUGGAUGUCUAUGUUUCGGAUACUUCGGGCUCGCGGCAACGGCCCAUAGCCGGGAGUAAAACACCGCCCAAUUGCCGCGUGAGUUAUCACACCCAUGAGAACCUCAUCCAAGGACUUCUUGGAAGCGGACUUGGUCCGACGACAGAGCGUUUUGAUGCAGCUCUGUAUGCCUCACUGGACAAGGCAGUUCCGAUAUCGCAUUCCUGGACUUAUAAGGAGGACUUCACGCAGUUCUUCGAGGACCAUCUGGGAACGGCUAUGUUGGAGACUCUCUAUGGUCCGCUCCUAUUAGCAGCGAACCCGGACUUCAAUCGAAAGUUGUGGCAGUAUGACAAACACAUUAUGGCUUUAGCCAAGCGCCUGCCGGCCUGGAUGAUCCCGGGUGCGUAUCGGCUGCGGGAUGAAUUGCUUCGCGCAAUCAUGAAGUGGCACCGACAGGCCACUGAACUUACUACAGAAACAACAAAGCAGACUAAUUCCAACCAGGGAGACGCCGAUCCUCAUUGGGGCUCGGCUAUGAUGCGCGAACGAAAUAAGAUGCUGUUGAAGAUCGACAGGCAAGACCCUCAAUCGGUAGCUUCUACCGAUCUGGGCUUUAUCUGGGCCUCCAUCACAAAUGUUGUUCCGUCCACCAUGACUCUUUGCACCCACAUGUAUAGUGACAGUUCUCUUGUGGAUGAACUUCGUUCCGCUUUGCGUCCUUGCAUCAAGCCAGGGACAGGAUCGUUGCAGCUUGACAUGGACAAGAUUAGCAAGCAGCCGCUGUUACUCUCCAUGUACGCGGAAACUCUGCGAUUCGGAGUUCAGAUCCACAUUCCCCGGUGCUCCCCUCAUCAAUCUUUAUCACUGGGGGACGAGACCAUCCCGUCCAACAAGCUGAUUAUCAUCAACACUGCGCUGGCGCAUACUGAUGAGGAGGUUUGGAACACCAAAGACGGUCAGUAUCCACUGGAUACAUUCUGGGCACGGCGAUUUCUCAUUGAUUCGGCCGACCCACGUAGCGGACCUUUAAAGCCCUCUCUACCUCUCUCGAAAUCUGCCAAAGAGCGACAACAAACAGAUUCAGACACAUCCAGAGAAGAGUUUACCGUGCAAGGGCUGGAAGGUAUCUGGAUUCCUUAUGGAGGAGGACAGCAUGCCUGCCCAGGCCGACUGUUAGCCAAACGGACUAUGUUACUCACCAGUGCCAUGAUGGUUACAAUGUUUGAUGUCGAGCUUCUGACGCCAGCGUCAGCCCUGUGCUUCCAGUCCAGUCGAUUUGGAUUUGGGGUCCGGAAGCCAGGGUCAUCGGUGCCAUUUCGCAUUCGCCGUCGCUGUUGA